UUAAAUGACUGGGGGCGUUGAAAGUACUUGACAAUUAUUAUGUGUGUGGAUUGUGGGUCUGUUUAAAAUGUUUCGUUUGAAACAUAUUAGGAGAAACCUUUUCAAAUGUCAACAUAUGGUUUGACAAAGUAGUACUCCUCAACAACGAAAGUACAAAAAUAUUGCAAGUAUAAUUUUCAAGAUAUAGGUUAGGUAGCCGAUGAAGAAAUGUAACAAUCACAUUAAUUUGAUGUGAUGUUUCCUUAAAUUAUUGAUAUUUUCAAGAGUACGGUGUACAAAACUCUAAAAUAUAUAUGAAUUAUCAAAUAUAAUGAAAAAGUACUGCAGAAGAUAUGAAUAUGCCUGAAGAAGAAUAUGUGGAGAAAACAUUUGUAUAUAAAUUUCCAACAUGUACUACAGAUCAAGAAUAUGUUUUGGAAAUACCAUUAAAAAUACCAUACCAUGGUUCUAUCAAAGAACUCAUGCAUCGUAUAAUGUCAUCUUUCAAACUGCCAUGUUAUGUAGAAUCAGAUUUGCUAGUAUCAUUGGAAAAGACAGUCAAAAGACUGUCCUUAGAAUUUUAUGAUGAAAAAGCAGAAAAGGCUCUUGAAAAUGCAAAAUCAGGAGCCUUAGAUAUUGAAGAGAUAAUCAAAAGUUGGGAAAAGAUUUAUAAGCAGAAGACAGUAGAAUAUGCUGAUCCCAUUGGAACAACUGAUGAAGAACUAUUUGCUGCUGCAUAUCAUAGAUUGGUGCAUUCACCAUCGUUAGAGCCUAUUCUUCAAGCUGAACACAAAUUUGGAAGAGAUGUGACUGAAGUUAUUCAAAUGAGAGAUACACAUUAUGAACAGCUUACUCAAAAACAAACGGAGGAGAUGAGGGUCGCCGUGGAAGCUCUCGAGGCCGGUUCUACCGAAAAAUCUAUCAAUGAAAUGGCAGGAAGACAUUUCGAGGAACAAAGUUUAUUGCAAGGCCACUGGGGUUCAAGAGUCGACGCUUUGAAAUUGGAACAAAAAAGGCAGUAUCGUAAUUGGAUCAUGAGAUUACUGGAAGAACAACAGACUAACAUGCCGCCGACGCCAGUAGGUUCUCCGAUGUUGUCGAUGCCACCGUUACGUCCAGCCUUAGACAAUUUUGUCCAUAGCGAGGAGAAAAAUACGGCUGAUUAUCCUAUCCUCGAGGAGAGUUUCACCAUUCAUUUAGGCUCCCAAAUGAAGCAAAUGCAUAAUAUACGUAUACUAACCGGAGAUGUAUUAGAUUUUUGUAGGACUAAAAAGAGCGAAUCAGGAAUGGAUCCAACGCCUCAAAGGCUACAGACGGCUCUAGGAUUAUAUUCCAAUGAUUUAUGUGGUUUAGUAUUAUUGAACGACAAUCAUUUAGGAACUUAUUCGGGAAUAACGAAAGAAUUGUCUUCGAUAUGCCAAUUAACGACAGAAUUUCAUUUCCCGCCAAUUGAUGAACAAUUGGAAAAAAUUCGGGAAGAUGUGAAAGAUGCAGUUGCUUGGAGGCAAGCGCGUCAUAAAGAAACAAACGAGUCACAAUCGAAAAAAUCGACGACCAGCAAAAGUUUGCAAACCGGCGACGUUUAUAUUACAAGGCAUUCAAAUUUAGCGCAAGUUCACGUAAUUUUCCACAUGGUCGUGAACGAUUCGUUGAGAUCUGGCGAUAUCAAUUCGAGGCACCCAGCCAUUUUAGGAUUACGAAACAUUUUGAAAACUGCUUGCUGCAACGAUGUGACCACGCUGACCAUUCCUGUACUCCUGGUCCAUGAAAUGACGGAGGAAAUGACGGUAGCUUGGUGCACAAAGAGAGCAGAGCUAGUUUUUAAAUGUGUGAAAGGGUUCAUGAUAGAAAUGGCUUCGUGGGGUGGUGCGGAAUUGAAGAAUCUACAAUUCCUCGUACCAAAGGGGAUGUCCGAAGAAGUAUUUGGUACCCUAGCCACAAUGUUACCAAGCAUAUUCCGAGUAUCAAAUCCACUGGUAUUCAAAGCUACCAGCACACCUCAAACUCCGAAAAAGUGAACGAUCGUCUUGCCAUUGUUAUCUUACACGCGUUAAAAAUAUUACAAUAUUUAUUACUAUGUAUCACACAUCACCGACUGCAAUCGCUUGCCGUGGGCGCGAACGAGAUACCAUUCUGUUAAUAAAUGUCUGACUCUUGA